AUGACGAGAUCACGGAUAUUACAGCCCCUGCGGCAAUCGAUAGCAAGGCCUCUGGCCCAGCCGUCCCGAAAUGCCUUCUCUGGCUCCGUAGUUGCCCGCCGGUCCAUGGCUUCGGUAGACGACUCGGCUCCGUCAGAGGCAGCCAAGCCCGAGGAGAUUCCGCCGCCCGCAGCACUGCUUCUCCAGCCCGAGUUCAACCAUCUCACCGGCAAGACCGACGAGGGCGCCGUCCGCCUCCCCCGCGCCGUACAGUCUCUCUACCUGCAGCCGCUGCGUCGCGAGCAGACGUACGGCGUGCCGACGUGCGACCUGCAGCUGCGCUCCUACAGCGUGCCCAACCUCGAGUUCUUCUGCGACUUUGCCCUGCGCGCCGCCUACUACCUCAACCUGCCCGCCUUCGGCCCCGUGCCCCUGCCCAAGAUCACCGAGCGCUGGACCGUCCCCAAGUCCCACUUCAUCUUCAAGAAGAGCCAGGAGAACUGGGAGCGCAUCACCCGCCGCCGCCUCAUCCAGAUCCGCGACGGCCACCCGGAGACGGUCCAGAUCUGGCUGGCCUUCCUGCAGAAGCACGCCUACUACGGCAUCGGUAUGAAGGCCAACGUCUGGGAGUACAGCAAGCUCGACGUGGCCGGUCAGUUGGAUGGCAAUGCCAAGUCCAUGCAGGAGAUUGUCGAGGCCAAGAUGAUGCAGCACUUGGGGCGUGACAAGACGGCAGGCACGGUUCAGAAGGUUCAGGAGCUGCUGGAGAGCGAGAGAUUCCGACACCAAUGA